AUGGCUCCAACAGCAGGAAGCAAUCAUCCGCAGCAAGCUUUUGCUGCCCAAAGGCGGAAAGCCGCCCGAGGAAAUCAGAUGGAAAAGUCAAACACAGAAACAGAGAGAGAGAAAGCGGACGAAAAAUGCUUGGUCGCGGAAAAUCGUCCAAGUUGGGACACAACCAGGCAACCCGUUCCAAAGAACCCCCGUUGGCGGCAUCGUUCGUUUCCGUCGCGAUUGAAACCGAAGCCAUGCCCGACCGAAGAAGGUCAAGGUCAAGUGGUGUGGAGAGCGAAACCGAAGGAAGUCCCUCCGGCCGGAGGCACGCGAAGAAUGUCCCUGGAGCGUUAUCCUUGCAGCAACGGAGAAAUUGGUGAUGGUGGAGGGGGAGGUGGAAGCAUCGGCCUAGGAGGAACAACAAUAAUUGGAGAUCACGUUACGGUCGAGACGACGUCAGCGGUUGCCAGUCCCGACUUUUUUGACCCGAACGUCAAUUUCAACAACAAUAACAACAUGGUUCUUUCGGCCAUUCCGAUUGAAGCUAACCAGCUGAUCCUGCAGCAGCACUUGGCUCAGCAGCAUCACAUAAUCGGAAAUCAAACGAGUAGCAACAACAAUAACAACACAACUAGUGCAAUCAGUGUUGCCAGCAACAACCAUAGUAUAAUCAUCAACAACAACACCAGCUUCAAGAAUCACAACAACAUCCUUAACAACAACAACAACAAUAACAUUGUGAUUAGCAGCAGUGGCAUCGGCAGUGUUGCCAGCAAUCAAACCUACACAAUCAAUCUAAGCAACAACGGCGGAGUUAGUCAUGGCACACUGCCAACAAUUCAAACGGCCUAUGGCGGCAACAACGGUGCCUUGACGACGACCACCUCCAAUCACAACAAUCAUCCGCAGCAGUAUCAUCAUUUGCAUCCUGCGUCAAACAACAGUAGUAGUGCCACCAUCAUCAAUCCCAGCGGCAGCAGCCUGAUGGCCACGACGACGGCACCGCGCAAUAACAGCACUGCAACUGUUAUGACCACACAACAGCAACAGCUACCCACUUCUUCGACGGCAUCGUCAUCGGCGACGACUUCCGGCAAACUGGUCCUACUUCAGCAAGGACACCACGGAGAGAAUUAUAUAA